UGGUGCGGCGUCUGUGGUACGGUUUGAGUUAACCUUUAGGCGUGGACAAAACUACUAUCUGGACGCUCUCUGCUGCUUUUCUACUGUAGAUUAUUCCAUGAAGACGUCAUUGAAAAGGAUAAUUAUUGCUUCUGUUUCCAAAAUGGGCGGAGGACUAUGUAGUCCUAUAUUAGACAGUAGCAUACUUAGCUUAAGUUCAUGCUAGCUUGCUAGGUAAUAGCUUAGGCUAACAGUAGCCGACUGGAUCCUCAGAAGAUGCCAAUAACUGCCACAACAGUUCAGCUGGUGAUAGCAUGAUUUGAGGCCCAAGAACAGAAGACAGACGCUUGAUGGAGGAGAAGAUAUGAAGGAAGGUGAAAGCAGAGAUGCUGUGGAUGUAGUAUCACCUAUUUGAAUUUCUUCUCUAGGUAGUAAAAUGGAAUCAGAAAUCAAAUCUGACUUUUAUGAAGACAACCGAGAUGCUGAUCAAAGCCGCCAGUCAUUCCGAAGUGCAAAGAAAUAUUCUCGUGAAUCGUCUUCCCAAAAACUCAAGGAGAAUUUUGAGGAGAAUAACCAGAAUGAGGGGGAAAAAAAUAACGGUGUGGAGAGCAGAUCCAAAACCAGGACCUGGCGGUCAGAUCCAGAUCGGGACAAGAUGUCAGACAAAGAAGGACAGAGAAGUAGGCAGUCAUUUUACUCCGAGGACUAUGAGAAUGACUCCCGUUCAGAGAGUCCACUGUCACCGUACUCCAGAUCUCGGACUCCAUCCCCUGCUCUUGAAAGGGGGGCACGGGCAAAGAGGAUUUCUGGUAGCCCCCUCUAUAAAACAGGUGGUUUGGGACGCCGGGGUCUCUCUCGCCCACUGCGCCUUGGUGGCCUGCCUCUAUCCCAGCAGCAUCGCAGGGCAGUGCAUUCACAAAGCAAAGAGUCCACACCCUCUAAAGACCUGGACCUGGUGACCAAGAGGAUGCUUUCAGCCCGCCUGCUAAAGAUCAAUGACCUCCGUAACUCACUAGCUGAGCUUCAACUUCGUGCUGAUGAGCUGCAGAAGGAGAAUCGAAUCCUCAGACAGCUUCAGGUGCGUCAAGAGAAAGCCCUGCAGCGCUAUGACGACACAGAAAGUGAAAUUUCCCAGCUGCUGGCCCGCCAUGCCAACGAGACCCAUGUGCUUCGAGAGCGACUCAGGCGGACCCAAGAGCGAGAGCGGGCAGUAGAGCGGAGGUUAAAGGACAGUGAGGAUCAGCUACACAGGAGUCAUGCCACCAUCACAAGGCUAAAGAAACUUGUCAACCAGCGUGAGCUAGGAGAAAGAGACGAGCUGAGCCGCAGGCUGGAAGAAGAGAAGACUCGAACCCAGGAGGCAGAAAGAAAGAUAAAGGAUCUGGAGCGUAGCAUGGAGCUGAGCAACAGCAGUUUCCAGAGGCAGCUGGCUGCAGAGAGGAAGAAGACCAUCAGUGCCCAGGAAGAGAUCAGGACUCUGCAGGAGGAGCUGGAACGAUUGACCAAUAAACUCAAGGAGAAGGAGAGAGAACUAGAUACUAAGAACAUAUAUGCAAACCGCAUGAUGAAACCCUCAUCAAAAAAAGAUAUGGAGAACAGCACAAAGCAAAAAGCACCCAGCAGGAACAGCGGCAAGGCAGUGCAGACUAAAGACAGGUUAUCUAGUCUGGGCUUCCCCACACCUCCUCCUGCUGUCACUGAUACCAAUGAAUACAGCGAACAGGCACCAGAUGAAUACUUGUCUCUCAAGGAGCUUGGCAGUGCAGACAGACAGGCGGAGGCAGACGAUAGACGUCCAAAUGAGGAACAGCAGAAACUGAGUGACAAAGAAAAAGAAACAGAGAAGGAGCUGGUGAAGGAGAAAGAGAAGGAAAAAGAGGAGAAACGGCAACUUGACCAGGAGCCAAAUGUGAUCGAGGAGAAAUCAAAGAGACUAACAAAAGUGUGGGAAAAUGACAAACAAGAGGAAGACAAAAAAAUGACAGGUUCCCAGUUUAAUGAGGAGGGGGAAAGUGUCAUGAAGCGUGGCCAUGUCCAGGAAGAGGUGAACAAAUGGAACUAUGAUGCUCUGACCAAUCAGCAAGCAGCAGAGGAAGCACGUCGCAAAAAAGAACUGCUGCUAGCCAAGAUGCAUGAAAUAGACCUUUCCACAAAACGAGCCCAGGACACCAUUUUUUCUGAGUCUAAUCCUUCUAAGCUCUAUAUGGGCACCAGUGAACAUUCAUCUCCUCGUCCUUUUGAGCAGAGGAACCACAACUCCUCCAUUUUUAACCUCACAGAAUCAGAGGGACGUGCUGAAAGCAGAGAAGGACAGAGGAGAUCAGGCAUUGAAGGUGGAGCUUUUACAACAGGUAUGGGGAGAAGAGCCCUACGACCCCAAAUCUCUGAUGACGAUUUAGCAUUCGGAAGCUACGCACCUUCUUUUGUAAAUUCAACUUCUCGUGGUUCCUCAGGAUUUCCUCCCCCUCCGCCCGCAGAGGACAGAGACUCUGCAUUACAGGCGAUAGGUAUUUUCAGUCUCAGAGGGGUGGACACAGAGAGGGAAAAGGAGACUGAAAGAUUUGUGGAAAAAAAUAGAAAGUCUAACCUCAUGCAGCAGCUGUUUGGUGCCAUGCCAUCGUCUGCAGGCGACAGCCACCCUAAUAAAAUGGAGGUCCUCAGCAGUCCUCCCUCCACCAGUGGAGUGCGUUCAAGAAGGGAAGGACUUUUUAACUUCAGUUCAGAGUCAUCCACCCCUCCAUCAUCGUCUCUCAACACAAUACAUGUCACAGAGAGCAGACCUGCCAUCCGUGCCAUCACCUCGUUUAAUGAUGACGACAUAGAGGAACUUACUUUAUAAAAUGCAGCGGCAUCAUAAAUAAAGCAUAGCGGGUCAUCACAUCAUUCAGAGACAGCAGUAGGUGGUUUUAAAGUGUGAAGGACUAAGUGAAGAAUACAGUUUUCAAAACAUAAAUAUCUCUCACAAACAGAAGGAAACAGGACUAAAAAGGGCUUGAAACUUGAGGCUUAAAUCCUAAACAACACUACAUAAGCAUUCAUAGAUUGAUGCUAGUUAAACUCACAAGUAUUGCAGAUACAGGCAUUUUUACUGGUUUCACUUAAGGUAUUCUUCAGGUGGAACUGCAGUUUGUGUACUGGAUAAUGACACAUAGUUUAUCAUACCAAAAUGAGGAUAGCAGAGCCAUAACACUUACAAUCAAUAAUCUAAACUGCAAGUAAAACACUUAGUUACAUUUAAGUUUCUGUUAUUGUUGGCUAGUUUGAGACUCUAGAAUGAACCACUACAUAAAACGACAAUCACAGUGUUUAAACUGCUUGUUGAAUGUCUGACAAUUGUAUAUAUCAGUCAUGGAAAGCACACUUAAGUAUUUCACAGUACUUUGACUUUACUUGAGUAGUUCUAUUUUAUGUUUCUUUGUAUGAUUCCCCUAGAUUUCAAAGGGAAAUAUUGUACUUUAUUGCCCAGUUCAGUUUUUGGCAGCUUUAGUAACUUUUCAGGGUCAGAAAUUGAAGUAAUGAACACAUAACUAUUUCAGUGAUUUAACUUUUUAUGAAGUUGGGCACCCUGUGUAUUGAAUAAUUUUACACGUAGAACUUUGUUUAUAAUGUAAUGCUUAAACUUGUAUGCUGUUUUUUAAAAGAAAGACUUUAAUACAGGUGUUGAACUUGUACCAGAGCACUAAAAGUGUGUGGUUUGUUGCUUACAGUUUUUCACAUUUGCUCAGACACAUCUCUUAAACUCCCUUUCCUGGAAACAUUGAACAGAAAUCUCAGUUUUCAAGCUAUUUUCACAAAACCUCUACAUCUGUGGGCAAAAUCAAACAAUCGCAUCCAAACAGUUUUAACUGUGCUCAGAAUCAAACUCUGUUCUGAUAUCGUAAACAGUAAAACACUACAGAGUGGUCAUUAAACACUACACAGCAAGAUAGAAAACACUGUGGUCAAUGAUUGCUCCAAGAAAAAGUUCAUUUUUGAGGCAAAAGUGCAACAGCAAAUAAGUAAAGUUCAUUACGAUAGAUGAUAGAGUUGUACAAAAGCAGUUACAUUUUCCAAAACAAGAUUUUUAAAGGACUAAACCUUUUGCACACCUGGAAAGCUGAAUACUGGAGAAGUCAACUGUCUGUGCUCAAAUGGUGACAACUGUUGAUUUUUUUUUGUUGUUGCUUCCAGUGGCCACCAGUCAGCAUCACAAGUGCAUUACAAUGUUAAAUGUGUUUUGGGGAGUCAGACUGUAUUUAGCGUUUUCUAAAAAGGGCAAGUGAGUUUUGCACAUUUUGUCUGACCAGGAAAAGUGUUAAAGAUUUUGCUAGCUCAUGGCCGAUGCAAUAGUUUAGCAACUGAUCUUUGGAUCAGGGAAUGGGAAACAGUGUUUUAGCAAUUGUGAAAAACCGUAACCUAAGCAAGCCUACAGUUCCAUUAUCUACAAAAACUUUUUUUUUAUUUUUACAAAAAUUACCCAGUGUUUGCUCUGAAAUACCUAAAUUUCUGCUGUUUAAUGCCCAUUACAAGAAAGAUUGAAUGGACCCUUAUAAAAUACGUGAAUGCUAAGUAUGAUGCUUAGUAAGUACUACUGGCCCUGGCUGAAUAUCCUGUAAUGUGAUGAACAGAACUUGAUGGUUAAGACAAUCAGCACUGCAACAAACCACCAGGGGCUGCAAUAGAGCUUCAAGCUGUACUGCAGUCAUAGGAAAAAUACAUAUUUUAGCAAAUACUGCUGUUGAGUU